GAAGCCAGACAUAAGACUCUUUUUGUGUUUUCAGGCUUUGCCACUUUCUUUCUGAGGCACAGUCUUUAAGUUUGAAUCUAUCUCUUCUCAAAAAGAGACUGUGAGAGAUUACUUUCAAUUGAAGAAACUCUUUCUUUCUCUCUUUUUUGAUAUAUUGUGAAAAAGGGGUUUCUCACUUUCUGCAGGAUUUGAUGAAUUUUGACUGGUUUGAUUGUCCUUUAUAUGGAUUAUUACAUAGCAUGCCAUUAAUUUUUUUAAUCUAGCUGCUAAUUCUUCAAUUUGUAGUUCACUGCAUGGAUUAUACACAUGUGCACACCUAUUAAUGUUUUUGUCAUUCCAUCAGCAAUCUACUUGCAUGAUAAAAAUAUCUGCAAUCUGCAUUCAUCUUUUGCAUUUAAUUUAACUAACUAGUCUCUGUGUGACUUGCCAUGAUGGUUGUAUCCAUGAAAUUGAACUUGUCAUCUGGUCCUCCAUGACCAUUUCUUCAGAGUUGGUGAGACUGAACAUGCUUAAUUGUUUUCUAGGUAAGUAGUACCCUUUUGUCCAGACUAAUUGACCGUGGAAACUCAUGGAGAAACAAGAAUUAUCUGCUACUUAUGAUCCUGAUGCCAGCAGUGAUCAGCCAGGUUCAUUUCAGAUAUUCAAAUUGCCAGAUAACAGUAAAAGUGAGGAGGAUUAUAGAAAAGCCGUAAAACUUGAUGGAGGUGCGGUAAUCGCUCCCUCUAAUUCUGCAGGUGGUAGGGAAUCUGUCAACAGAUGGAUGGCAUUUGCUGGGAAGUCUAAAUUCACAAUUGAUGGCAACUCUACUAAAAGGGAUCUUUGUGGGGAUAAAAUUAUAAUGAAAGACAAUGACUUGAUGGAUGAAGCAACCAUAGCUGAGAGAACUGCUGAAUGGGGUCUUGUGAUGAACUCUGGUAAUUUCAAAGCAACAGGAGUAGUAGAUAGAAGUUCCUCUGACAGAAGCAAAAACUUAUCAGAUAGACUUGUUGAAUCAACAAGGACUUCUGGGGAAUCAAAUUAUGGAUCCGAGUCAUCAUCAGGGGUGUUCCCAAGGGUCUCACAAGAGUUGAAGGAAGCAUUGGCGACGCUGCGACAGACAUUUGUUGUCUCAGAUGCAACCAAACCAGACUGCCCAAUCAUCUAUGCUAGCAGUGGCUUUUUUACUAUGACUGGUUAUUCUUUAAAGGAAGUUAUUGGAAGGAAUUGCCGAUUUCUUCAGGGGCCAGAUACUGACAAGAAUGAAGUUGCAAAAAUUCGGGAUGCAACUAGAAAUGGGAGAAGUUAUUGUGGCAGGCUUUUAAAUUACAAGAAAGAUGGAACUCCGUUCUGGAAUCUACUCACUGUCACCCCCAUCAAAGAUGACCAUGGCAAUACUAUCAAAUUCAUUGGAAUGCAGGUUGAGGUGAGCAAGCACACAGAAGGUGUGAAUGAAAAGGCGUUACGACCAAAUGGAUUGCCUAAGUCAUUAAUUCGUUAUGAUGCUCGUCAAAAGGAGAUAGCUUUGGGUUCCAUCACUGAGGUUGUCCAAACUGUUAAGGAUCCAAAAUCUAUUAUUCGGGCUAUGAAUGAUGAUACUGCCACCAAGCAUGCAGAGCAAGAGAAAUUCAAUAUUGAUUUUGCUUUGCCAAAGUCUGUCGAAAUUGGGAAUACGAGUGCACCUGGAAGACAAACUUCACUGAACUUCCAAGAUGAUAUAUCGGAUUUGAGUUCUUGCCAGGAUAGGAGCAAGUCAUCAAGAAAAUCAGGACGGAUUUCUUUCAAAAGUUUUAAAGGAAGAUCUCUAAGUUCUGUAGGGAGAGACGAAGAGAAGCCCAUUGUUGAACCCGAGAUUUUGAUGACCAAGGAAAUAGAGUGGUUCAACAGUUGGGAGUGUUCUGAAAGAGAGAGGGAUAUAAGGCAGGGAAUUGAUCUAGCAACCACAUUGGAGCGGAUAGAAAAGAAUUUUGUGAUUUCGGAUCCUAGACUUCCAGAUAACCCAAUUAUAUUUGCAUCUGAUAGCUUUCUUGAACUUACAGAGUAUACGCGAGAAGAAAUUUUGGGACGUAAUUGUCGGUUUCUUCAAGGACCAGAAACAGAUCAGUCAACUGUCGCGAAGAUUAGAGAUGCUAUCAGAGAACAGAGGGAAAUCACUGUUCAGUUGAUCAACUAUACUAAGAGUGGAAAGAAAUUCUGGAAUUUGUUUCACUUGCAACCAAUGCGUGACCAAAAGGGUGAACUUCAAUACUUCAUUGGUGUUCAAUUAGAUGGAAGUGAUCAUGUAGAACCCUUGAAAAACCGCCUGUCUGAGAGAGCUGAGCAGCAAAGUGCUAAGUUGGUGAAAGCCACGGCAGAAAAUGUUAAUGAAGCUGUCCGUGAACUUCCUGAUGCCAACUUGAGACCAGAUGAUUUGUGGGCAAUUCAUUCUCAACCUGUCUUUCCACGACCUCACAAAAAGGACAAUCCCUCUUGGGUAGCAAUUCAAAAGAUAGCUGCAAGUGGUGAUAAGAUGGGCCUGCAUCAUUUUUUGCCCAUAAGACCAUUGGGUUGUGGAGAUACUGGCAGUGUUCAUUUGGUGGAACUCCAAGGUACCGGCGAACUAUAUGCAAUGAAGGCAAUGGAAAAAUCUGUAAUGUUAAAUCGUAAUAAGGUUCACCGAGCAUGCAUUGAAAGAGAGAUUAUAUCAUUACUGGAUCAUCCUUUUCUUCCAACACUAUAUACCUCAUUUCAGACUUCUACACAUGUGUGUUUGAUUACUGACUUUUGCUCCGGCGGAGAGAUGUUUGCAUUGCUUGACAAGCAACCCAUGAAGAUUUUCAAAGAAGAAUCAGCAAGAUUCUAUGCUGCAGAGGUUGUCAUUUGUUUGGAAUAUCUCCACUGUUUAGGCAUAAUUUAUCGGGACUUAAAGCCUGAAAAUAUCUUACUUCAGAAGGAUGGCCAUGUUGUAUUAACUGAUUUUGACCUCUCAUUUAUGACAUAUUGUAAACCCCAGGUUGUGAAGCACUCAGUACCUACUAAUAGAAGAAGAUCACGAAGUCAACCACCACCGAUAUUUGUUGCAGAGCCGGUUACACAAUCAAACUCUUUUGUUGGAACUGAAGAAUACAUUGCCCCUGAAAUUAUAACCGGAGCUGGGCAUACUAGUGCUAUAGAUUGGUGGACCCUCGGUAUCUUGUUGUAUGAGAUGCUCUACGGUCGUACACCAUUUAGAGGAAAGAAUAGACAGAAGACAUUUUCCAACAUCUUACACAAGGAUCUUACCUUUCCAAGCAGCAUCCCGGUAAACAAAAAAAAUGAUGGAUAUUACUAGUUGAAAAUUAUGGGACGUUUUCUUAAGGCUAGUCUUGCAGCUAGGCAAUUGAUUAAUGCACUAUUGCAAAGAGACCCUGCCAGUCGUCUAGGUUCAAUUACUGGUGCCAAUGAAAUCAAACAACAUCCCUUUUUCCGCGGAAUCAAUUGGCC